UCCGGUGGCCAUGUUUGGGAUGAUUACACUGCCCUCAAUGUUUUUGAAUGUGUUUAUCUUAUGAAACCAUCGGAAAUGUUAACAUUUUCCCCAGUCAUCAGCAUAUAACAAAGUAAGUGAAAAGGGGUUUAAAAAAAUCUGCGGGCAAAUAAUGACUAACGAAGACAAACCACAGUCCCUCGUAAAACUGUGUGCAAAAUCAGUAUGCAAAGAUAUGGGCAGACUUGAACAGCAAGUUUGGGAUUUACCAGCUUCAUUGAUAGAAGAACUCUUGCCUUUCUUGAACAUUUUCUACUUGGAAAGAAUCGAGGAGGUUGCAGUCCGGAAAGGCUUGUCCACGGCUUCUGUCUGGUUAAGAAUAUGGAUGGAAGUGGUAAAAUAUAAGCCCUUAGGAAGCAAGCCAGUGAAAGAUUGGAGGCAGAAGUUCCUCGAGUAUCUUUUCCAUUGCGUCCUUCUUAGAAAAUCGCUGGCAGAGGACAACCCACGGCUGCAGGACCCUCGGUUCUCUGCCCUGACCCUGGGGGCGCGCUAUGUCCAGCGUCUGACCCUAUCUUCUCAUCCUUAUGGGGCAGUCAGGCUGGCCACAGAUGAGCUCCGUCCUAUCCUGGAGAUCCUACAGGGCACUGUCACACAACUGAAGCUCCAUCACUUCAGUCAGCGUCCCCACGAGGCUUCCAUGAAGUCCAUAACAUUGCUUCUCCACCGCCUCAUCCACCAUGGCUCUGUCCACACACUCACCAUCAUCAAUUGCGACAAAGCCAUACCCUUCAUUCUGAUUCGGGUCCUCCGAAUGAGCGCUGGCCAGCUGGACCUGGAGAUGCGAGAUGAUCUGGGAGUUUGUUUCUGUUGUGACCGGGAAUCCGAUGUCAAGCUACAGGCUAAUGGACAGCAACGCAGAUGCCGUGCCCAGCAAGAGCGGGAGACUGUGGCUACAACUAAAGACUCUGGCAAAAACAGCAGUAGGAUUCUCAAAGCACUUCCUCUGCAAGAGGGAAAAGGGGCAGCCAACAGCGGCAAAAGGCUGUCAGAUAAUAAGUUUUGCACCACUAAUGUCAAAUGGCCACGAUUAGAGCAGGGGGUGGAAGCAGGGGAAUGUUUCAAUACCCUGGAACCAAGCACUGAAGGCACACCCGCCCACACUGCCACCCCUCAGUCCUCACAGGCUUUAGGUGGGGAAAGGAUCCUCUUCAGAAGCAUCACUGCAUUGGAGGUGGACUUGUCUUCGACAAUAAUUCCGGAGCUGCAAGCCUUGCUUCCAUCCUGGGUCAGUCUUUGCUCCUUGGACUUAUUUGGUAAUAGGUUCAGUGAGAAGUCUGAUCUUCUGAAGGUGGUGGCUGCCUUGAGGUCCUUGUGCCAGCAUCCCGAAGGCUCCAUCUCUGCGUUGUCUAUUGACAGUGUGUUCUGCCCGAUGCCUAUCACUGCCUUUAUGGUUAAUUUGCUGUCUACCUGCCCUAAGCUGGAAACUCUUAGUCUUAACUUCGACGUGGAGGAGGAGGACAGACUGUCUCCUCCUCAACCUAUACCCGUAGAUAACUCUCUGACCAAAUUACAAGUGGUUUUCCCAAAUGACCCCAUCCAACUGCAGGUCUUCCUGAGUGUGCUGCGCAUUGCACAGAGCCUGCAGCAUCUUCAUCUGAGCUGGACAUCAAACCAAGGGUUUGGCACAUUGCUGCUCACCCUCAUAGAGUCUAAUCCUAACUUGUGCUGGUUAACGCUGAAAGGGGCAAACCUGUCUGCUUGCCAAAAAGAAGUUAUUUGCUUUCUGAAGAAUUCUUCCCUGCAGGGUGUGGACUUCACUGACUGCCGACUGUUCGAGAAAAACAAAGUAGAGUUUUUGGGCAAAUUGGUCGACGCUGUCAAGGGAAGCAAAACUCUCAAGUUCCUCCAUCUUCCAAAAAACCGUCUUGGUAAUAAGGGUCUGGUUACGCUAGCAGAACUCUUUUCUGGGAAUCCUACAUCCCAAAUAGAGCACUUAAACAUCAGUGCCAACUGCAUCCUUCCUGAUGGGCUGCUGGAGUUUGGGAGGUUGCUGGAACAGCACCCCCCCUCUUCUCGACUCUUGCUGGACUUGCGGCAAAACCCACUUGACCGAGACCCCGGGACUGCCCAGCAGGCAAUGGAGCUGCUCAGGAGACGGUGUCAGGUGGUGGGCGACAUGUGGAACUCCCGGGCUGCCUUUGCAGACUAUGCUAGUGUCAUGUGAUCAGUGGGGCUGUGAGUAUUUUCAGAUCCAAUUUAAAAAAAAAAAAAAAAAAAAAAAAAAAAAGAAAAAGCGCAUCUUUUGAAAUACUGUGCCUGGUUAAAGCACUAUUCAUUCAAGUCUUUGAACCUUAAGAGAAUGAGUUUGGUAGUGUUAUAUAGCCCCUCAGGGGCUAGGCUGUCUCAAUAAAGAAUAGUACAAGAGUGGAUAGACAGGAGAUGGUUGUUCAAUCACGCUCCUUUUGAAGAAUCCUCAAACAAUAUAAUUUGGCCAAUGUUGUGCUGUCCUAGCUCUGUGGAUAUCAGAUACUUGUCUCUGGGGUCACCUGUAUAUCAAAAUUGUCACCAAUUUGUAUACAUUUUGUAAUAUUAAAAUGACUAAAAACAAAAC